UUCACAUUCUCACAUUAUGGAAGGAACAUCUCGAACUUUUCCUUACACCAUAAAAUUCGUUGGUCUACUUGGUAGUCAUUCUAUUGGUAGAAAUCCAAAGUUCAUGGCUACAGCGGUAGAUUUAGGAAGGGAAUUGGUAAGGCGAAAAAUUAGACUUACCUAUGGAGGAGGCAACGUUGGCCUUCAAGGAGCUGUUGCUUCAACAAUCUAUACCAAUGGUGGUAUAGUUAGAGGCUUCAUACUAGGGUACAUAGCAGCACGACAGGUCUACGGACCUACGUAUGGUGCAGAAUACACAGUUUCAAGGAGUUACUAUAAGCAUUUCGAGAUGAAUCAUGUAGUGAAUGCCUUCAUCGUACUUCCUGGAGGAGUUGACCCUAUGGAAGGUUUGUUCACUUUGAUCUCAUGGGCAUCUGAAGGGUUGCACAGUAAACCCAUUGGUCUCUUGAAUAUUGACGGUUAUUUGAAUAACCUAAUCAAAUUUCUAGAUGACGCAAUGGCAAACAACAACACAAACAACCUCGCCCUGCGUUCCAUUCUGGAUAAAGAUAAAUUGAACGGAACAAACUUUGUUGACUGGCAACGCAAUCUCUACAUUGUUCUCCACAUGGAUGAGAAAGAGUAUGUGCUCGAAAAGCCCAUUCCUCCUGCCCCUCCCGCUAACGCCCCGAAAGCGGUCAAAGAUGCCUACGAGAAACACGUUAAGGAUGACAACCAGGUUAGCUGUGUCAUGCUGGCUACCAUGAUAACCGAGCUGCAAAAACAGCACGAGGACAUGAAGGCCCACGAGAUGAUCGUGGCCUUGCGGCAGCAAUACCAGGGGCAAUCCAGCCAUGAACAUUUUCUCAUGAGUAAGGCUCUCUUUAGUUGCAAGCUCUCUUCUGGGAACCCGAAGGAGCUGGCAACGUACCUGAUCCUGCAGUCGCUCCCUGAGCUGUAUAAGGGUUUUGUCAUGAACUACAUGAUGCAUGAUCUUGACAAACCCCUUCCAGAGCUUCUUAAAAUGCUCCAGACUGCAGAGGAGAAUGUUACUAAGGGCAAGGGUGCUUCCGUCCUUAUGGUCCAAGGCGGAAAGGGGAAGCCAAAGAAGGCGAUUAAGAUUAAGGCUAGGACGGUCGGAAAGCCUAAAUCAAAGUCCACUUCAUCUGCAACCCAGAAACCCAUAGGAGGAGUUGCAAAGGGAAAAUGUCAUCACUGUGGUAAGGCAGGCCACUGGAGAAGAAACUGCAAGACAUACCUCGCAACCAAGAAGAAGCAAGGUACGACCAUUUCUUCUGAGGUGUAUGUUAUAGAAGUUAACAUGUCUAUAUCUUCAUCAUGGGUACUAGAUACUGGAUGUGGGUCUCAUAUCUGUACUACCAUGCAGGGACUGAAGCAGAGUAGACGGUUAACUCGAGGCGAGAUUGAACUCCGAGUCGGCAAUGGUGCACCUGUUGCAGCUUUGGCAAUCGGAACUUAUAGUUUAGUCUUGCCUAGUGGUCUAAUGUUGGAAUUAAACGAUUGCUUGUACAUUCCUGCAAUUAGCAGAAACAUUAUUUGUGUUUCAUGUCUUGAUAAGAGUGGUUUCAUCAUUUCUAUUAAAGACAAGUCCCUUUCCGUUUACAGAAAGAAUGUUUUCUAUGCUAAUUCCAACAUGACCAAUGGGUUAUAUGUCCUUGACUUGGACAUGCCUGUCUAUAACAUUUCAGCCAAGAGGAACAAACCGAACGGUUUGAACCAAACAUACCUAUGGCAUUGUAGGUUACGCCAUAUAAACGAGAAACGCAUAUCCAAGCUACAUCGGUCGGGAAUGCUAGAGUCAUUUGAUCUUGAAUCAUAUGACACAUGCGAAUCUUGUUUAUUGGGUAAGAUGACCAAAUCUCCUUUCACCGGACACGGUGAAAGAGCUGGUGAUCUUCUGGCACUCAUUCAUAGUGAUGUGUGCGGGCCUUUCAAUACAACUGCACGAG